AUGUGUGUUUUAUUCAGUAAAAUACUGCCCGUGGGUUAGUGUCCUACAGUGUUUGUUGUGCAAUGCUAUUCGAUGAACACUUUCGGUGAAGUACGCCAAUACGAUUUCUUUCCCAAAAUAAUAUUUCCUAAAGUGUAACAAGUAACAACUGGCCAUAAAUCUUUUGAAAUUAUAUGCUACACAAUAUUUUACGCCCGUGGACAUAUCUUAAGUGAAAUUUACUUGUGAAAGAACAUUAUUCACUAUACAUCAUAUGAUGGGAAAGGACUAUUACCAAAUCCUUGGAGUGUCAAAGGGAGCUGCAGACGAUGAAAUUAAAAAAGCUUAUCGCAAAUUGGCUCUCAAAUACCAUCCAGACAAGAACAAAAGUGCUGGAGCUGAAGAAAAAUUCAAGGAAGUAGCAGAAGCAUAUGAAGUAUUGAGUGAUAAAAAAAAACGUGAUAUAUAUGAUAAAUAUGGAGAAGAUGGUCUUAAAGGAGGUGCUGGCCAAGGAAAUAAUUCUAACAACUACUCAUAUACUUUCCAUGGUGAUCCUAGAGCAACAUUUGCGCAGUUCUUUGGCUCGUCGAAUCCAUUUGGAAACAUCUUUGGAAAUAGUGGUGGUUCAAUGUUUGAUGAUGAAAUGGACUUUGAUGAUGGUUUUAUUCGAAUGUCACAUGGACCACCUGGUAUGGGUGCUUUCAGGUCACAAUCAUUCAAUGUCCAUGGUUCACCAAUGGGACGAACUAAAGAAAAAGCUCAAGACCCAGCUAUUGAACAUGAAGUAUAUGUAUCAUUAGAGGAUAUUAGUAGAGGGUGUACAAAAAAAAUGAAAAUCUCCAGAAGAGUGCUCCAAGCAGAUGGAACUUCUAGAAAAGAAGAUAAAGUGUUAACAAUCAAUAUAAAACCUGGAUGGAAAUCAGGUACUAAAAUUACAUUUCAAAAAGAAGGAGAUCAAGCAAUGAACAGAAUACCUUCAGACAUAGUUUUUGUAAUAAGAGACAAACCUCAUCCAGUUUUUAAACGAGAUGGAAAUGAUAUUAGAUAUACAGUUCCAAUAACUCUUAAACAAGCACUAUGUGGCGUAGACAUUGUAGUUCCUACUUUAACUGAUAAAAAACUACCUCUCAACCUAAAAUCAGAAGUUGUUAAACCUACAACAGUAAAACGAUUUCAAGGUUAUGGUCUUCCGUAUGCUAAAGAACAAUCAAGGAGAGGAGAUUUGUUGGUGUCGUUCGAUAUUAAAUUCCCCGAAACGAUUUCACCAGCUGUGAGAGCUGUUUUGUGCGAUACACUACCGUGAGUAGGUUAAAUUGGUUCAAAAUUAAUAUUUGGCCUUUAAUUUUGCUAAUAAAAAUCAUUUUUUUUAUAUAUACAUGGUAUAUUAUAUUUUUAAGAUAUAUUGUAUGUUUCUUAAUCUUGUUUUUUUUUUCUAACAUCUUCGUUGAUUGAAGAUAAAAUAAUAAUUAUUCCGGAGUAAAUAAUUUAGGUCUUAUUAUGUACAUAGAAUUUAACAUUUUUUGUUAAUAAAUUGAACAACAUUCUGGUUUAUCUGAAUGCCACGA